AUGGUUUCUGUGGUCAUUGCAGUUCCUAACAGCCGUACGACGGCGGAUGGGCAUGUAGCUAGUAGCUUCGGUGUCGAGGAUGUCGCUCUCCUUGGCUUCCAUUUCCCCAAACUCCUCAUCAAUACCGGAGCUAAGAGCGUCGGCUGGGUUAUCGUCCUCCUCAGCUUCCAUGAAAGAUGCGUCGAAAUCAAAUUCGUCAUCCUCAGGGAUCUCCAAGAACGAUGCCUCUUCGGUUUCAUUUUCCUCGUCGCCUUCCUCCAAAAAGGAAAAGUCGGAUUCAUCGUCGAACUCACCAUCAGCCGAAUCCAAGAGGUCAGGUGCUCCGGCGAGGUCGAGCAGCGACAUGGUCGUCAACGUGGCAUCGUCAGGAAUUUCGUACACGCUACCGCCGUCACCCCUCUCGUAGGUGUCGUCGAGCUCGCUCUCGAGGAAGUAGCUGUAAGGCGUAGAUUCCUCAUGCUGCAUGGUCAGUUCGGCGGCGCCAUCAGCCUCAUUCACAGCGUACACAUUGGCGAUACAGAGCAACCAGAGCGCAAGUAA